AUGAAGUCAAGAGUUGUCUCCCAACAACUAGCCUUUCAUGACUUGUCUUUGGAGACCAACAACACCAUGGUUGUCAAGGCCACUAAUUCUGCUCAUUGCAUCAACAGGCUUUAUCUCAGGGCCAAGCGGAAACAUCAAAAUGAAGAAAAUCUAGUUCCCAGUAUGGUUAUUUUCCUCCGUAUAGAAGAUGCAUGCCGUUGGGCUUCUGGCCCAGAUGCUGGCAGCGAGUUCCUUUCAGAUAUCAUGUUCGUGAUGUCAUCAGAAAGUCUGACUGCUUCAUUAUAUUCCCUUACCCAGGAGUCUCCAGAAGAUGCCAUUGGCUGA